AUUUGUUAUUUGUCAAAAAUAUGUAAACAAGUUUGACAUUUUCAAAUUAAAAAAGGACGCGCUUUGGUUUUUUUAAACGAAUCUUUCAAACUAAAAACAAAUUUGUUUUGUUAAAAAUUGCAAUUUGAAGUUCAGGAAAGGCUGUAUAAAAUGCCGCCGAGAAAACCAAUAGAACGCAGAAGCGUUACAACGCGAAGCAUAGCUCGUGGAACGUUGGGAGAAGCAAGCGAUAGUGAAGUUAGUACCCAACCAUACUCCCACAUAGACAAUCCAUAUGCAAUACCGCCAUCCACCAGUCGUCAGGCUUUAGAAAGGGGAGAUUUGGUCUUAAGAGAAGUACAAAAUGAACAAAGCGAAAGACAGGAAGCACAACUUGCUCUUAGAGGUGCUGCGCGACGUAAACAGAAGUCUUAUCGUCAGCGGCAAAUAGCCGAUUUGAGAAAAAUGCUAAAACUGCAAAAGAAUACAAAGUUACAAAUACCAAGAGCGCCAUUCGCCAGGCUGGUAAGGGAAAUUACAAUGGAAAUGAGUCAAGAUGUAACCCAUUACACGACUACGGCAUUGGAAGCCAUACAGGAGGCAACCGAAAUGUUUUUAACCCAAAUUCUGCAGGAUGCAUACAUGCUGACAUUGCACCGCCGCUGUGUAACGCUUUCUGCUUCCGAUAUGGUGCUAAUACGUAGUUUAAAAUUUAAUUUGUAGUUGUUUUCCAGUGAAGUUAGGUAGACUAUGAAAAUAUGUACAUAAAAUGAAAUAUGUAUGGGAAUUUUAUUGAAUAGUAUGGCUAGGAACCGACUCAGGCUCAACGAUUAUUAACCGGCUCUGUCUUUGUCCUUCUUUG